CACUGGUAAAGCAGUUCCAUUCGCACUCACCACACAAGAUGAACCUGUCCUGGUUUCUGCUUCUGCUCUCUUAUGGACACAUCCAGGCAACUUAUGGUGAUUUAAAACCAUCCUCCAUCUUCACGCUCACUGUCCGGCCAAAAGAAAGCAUCACUCUGACCUGCGACAUCACUGACAAGUACGAGGUGGCCUGGUAUCAUCUGAACUCCAUGUUAGAGGAGCUAACGCUGCUGAUCUUCGCUAAGAAAACCCGCACCCGAAAAAGUCUCCCAUUCUCCUACAAUAAAAACGAGAGUCGUUUCAUCCUGUCGGCAGACGGCGAGAUCACCAUCGCCAACCUUACGAUCCUCGAGGUCGGGAAGGAUGACCUGGGGCUCUAUUUCUGUGGGACUACAGCUGAGUGGUCACAGAUGCGCUUUGCCAGAGCUUUCAAACUGCAGUUCAAAGAUACAGACCAUCUUUCAAGCCCAAUGCCUUCAAAGACAGAAGGAGAGAAUACAGAUGAAGUGAGUAUGGUGGAGAGGCUGCUGAUGCUGGGUGGAGUUGGUGUGGUUGCCCUGGUCUUCCUCAUGGCUACAGUAGCUGCAGGAAUAGUGGUCCACAAGCGAGCCUGGCGGUCAGGCUGGGCAGAGGGAAGAGACUCAUACCGACGUUGCUCUGAAAAGAGGUGAAGAAUUGAUUCAUGCUGUGUCACCUCACGCCCUAAAGAGCGCACCAUGCAAUCAAUGAGCCUGGAGUGGAAAUUUAGUAACAGGACAACAGUUUAAUUAAAACAUGUUCCUAUUCUCAUAUUACUAAUCUCAGUCUUAGUAUAUGCGAAGGCUUAUUACUCAGUAUCUACAGAGACUUCAGUACAAACUAGCUGAUUAAUUCUUAAAUUCUAGAAGUGUGUAAUAAAACUUUGAGCCCACCAUCAGGCCCACUGCCAAGUAACGGGGAUAAAAUGCUAUUUAAAAGUUGUUUAACAUUUUUUUACUAUUUAAAAUGUUUUAAAAUUCUUUAAGCAAGUAAUGCAGCGAGAACAGAGGACGUAGUUUCCAGUCAUAUUAAAUGAUCUUAAAAGAAAAGAUCUGGUUACAUAAGCAGUUUUAAUUGUUCAAGAAAUGCACGUACAAGUAUAAAGCAACAAUAACUAACCAAACCUAAGAAUAGCUCCAUUUUUCGAGAUCACUGAUGAUAAGAAUGAUAGUUAAAAUCAAGUGCAUGCUGUAAAACAAGAAACUGUGGAAAAAGAUCUAGAAAAAAUCUUUAAGAGCUACUACUAGUAGUAGUAGUAGUAGUAGUAUUGUGUGGUUGGUGUAGUGGUUAACUCUGCCUUCUACGCUGUAGACUGGGGUUCAAUCCCCCACCUGGGCAAGCACCUUACACUAUACCCAUAAGGGUCCUUGGGCAAGACUCCUAACACCACCUUGGCCCCCCUGUGUAAAAUGAUCAAACUGUAAGUUGCUCUGGAGAAGAGCGUCAGCCAAAUGCCAUAAAUGUAAAUGUAUUAACUUUAUAUAGUUCCAUUAAUGCCAAUAUACCUGUGUGUUAAUCCAUUAUAGGUGUGAUUUAAUCAGUUCCUGCACAUUUUAUGGGUUCCUGCCAAAACACAAUUACAAUAAUACUGGAAUCACUUUUAAUAUUUUACAUUUUUGUGUUUUAGUGCACUAUCUAAUCCAAAUGUAUGCUUGUGUUAAAUAUGAUGCACUUGAAUAUCUCGUCGUUAUGAUUGUGUGAGUUGUUGAAGAUGUUCUGAUUGUAGCUUUGUUGCAUGCUGAUCACCGCAGAGCACAUGUGGUGAUCCCAAUAAAAUCAGCAAAAUUUUGUUUUUAACUUUUACUCUCUGAUAAGCUGUGUUUGCAUGUAUUGUACAAAUCCGCUGUAUAAUCUGAUUAAACCAUGUAACUUUG